UGCGCAUCACCUCCUGAAGACCUCUCGCACCGCUUAUGUUCAGCUCCAAAGCUGCAGCAUGACGGGCAAGUUCAGCCUUAGGGUUAAGGCACUGGAUGGAAGCCAUCUAAAACUAGGGGGUAUAACAGGAGACUCAAGGCAUUACUAGCGUUCAAUGCCAUGCAAUCAUUUAAUUUAGCAGUGAAUUAGAAAACAGAAGUGAACAUUUUGUUGAAAAACGAUUCAAGAUGGCCAGAUACCGAUAUUACCGGAAAAUAAACUCUUCGAAACAAUUCAACAUUUGCUAGAAGCUUUCAACUCUCGGCGCUGGUCUCGAAGCGAUUGCUUGCAGCGAGCCAGCUGGCAUCUCUCCAAGCGCAGGUCGCAUCGACUGGCUGAGCUUGAUCUCGACUUCUGUGUUCGUCUGCUUUGUACACUUUAUCGAACCUUUAUUUCUGGUCAGAACAUGACAAGAGGGGAUGAUGUUGUACUUCCCAGCUUCACCAAUAUCGGAGAGCCAACAUGUGCUUCAUCAGAAGGAACCGCUCCUUCGGAAACCGAGCCUACGAUCAUCUAUAGUAGCAUUCCACCGGAUGUGAAUAUGGAUUCGAUGUCACGAGCUACCAAGUCCAGUAUAGUCGGUGAAAUGCUGAGGGUAACAAAGGGCCCUGGCGGGAAGCUGAGAAUUUUUGCUUGUGAGCCAACAGACGAGAGCUCACUUCCAUCGGUGUAUGAUCGAGGGCAAAGCUCAUCGUGCGUUGUUUGUCAUCGCACGAUUGAGGAUCGGGAGAUGUUUUUGAACUUUCCUGAUGAUCUAGAUAGAAGACGCUUGUGGGGCAACAUGCUUGGCUUCAAAUAUUCAGACAUGCUUCGUUUACGUGAUGGAUCUGUCAUGUUGAGCACUGGUAAUAUAUGCACUGAUCAUUUUUCUGAGGAAUGCUUUAGAGUAUUCAAUUUCAACAAAGCCGCCAUAGAAGCAUUGGGAAUGCCGUCUGUAGUUUCUCCCGUCGUGCGUCUCACUCCAUCAAAGAAAUGGAUACCCUGGGACUGUACCGUCUGCUCAUUCCAAAGCCACAGUGUCUGUGCCAUGCAGCGUCACAUGGUGGAACACACUGACGAUGUUCUUUUACGAUACCAUCCGAAGAGCCCUCGUGGACUUCUGUGCCCAUUUUGUCGCAAGUGCACGUAUGGUUAUAAAACCAUGAGCGGCCUGAGACGACAUUUGGCAACUCCUCCUACACAGCAUUGUCAAUUAAAGCGUAUACUCGAAAUCGCGCGUGUGAAUUGUCGUGCCUCACUGCUAGAGCCGUCGAUGAAAUGGUCUUCAUGGACUGAUCGCAACGUGUACAUAGCGUACCAUGGGUGUGAACCGCCUCCACCAACUCCUCGCAAACUAUUGACCGACUCUCCUGUACGAGCGGAAGUGCCCGACGAACGCAGUGCUUCCGAGAGUGGGUCUCAAGAGAAAAAUAAUCCGGAAAAAGAAAGUACGAGCCCAUCGCAGCCAGCUCUAGAGCAGCCAAUAUCUACUUCGAGCGCCUGCAAAGAAAGAAACCAAAUCACAGCGCAAAUCACACCUCCGGUUACUCCCGGAGCUCCGUCAUCCUCAAGCACUCCGUCGAGCUCUCCAUUGGCCCGCGAGAACUCUGCUCGUCCAGUGGUUCAUCAAAAUCCUCGUCGAUUGCUCUUUCUUACUUCGCCGAUCAAGCGCGAUGCUAACGGAAAGUUCAAAACUUCACGAGCAGUGAGUCGUCCGGUUUUGCAACUUCGGAAGCCUCUCCUGCCUAGCGACAUAGUGAAAACGAGCGAAACUACCUCUGCCGAAAGCAGCUCGUUGGACCUUAGGAAGAAUGAAGACGAAAAGUGCCGCAGUGUUGCAAAAAUUAUUCUGAAAGCUACUUCGACUCCGCACCAAACAUUGGCCGAUGCCUUGAAUUUGAUGUCGGAUUCGCAGGAGGGAGACACGCUUCGAGAAGAUCCAGCUCUAGCGAAACCGCUGUUUCUUGACUCCGAAAUACCGUCUAGUCUCACUACGAAAGCUUUUGCACGUGAUCCUCGUGUUUGUAAAACUCGCCGCCAACUUGAGUCUGUUGAAGCAAGAAUCCGAUUGUUCGGCGACUGCUCCCGAGUGGAAGUCCCAUCUGGAUAUACAACUGUGGAGACGCAAAACGGAGUUCGUUUGGUGGAAGGAAAUGGCAGUAUCACCGAGGUUCCUCCUCUUCCAAUACAUUUUCCACGCGGACGUUUUUUGCCUGUUUCGCAUCGUUAAAUUUGCAACGGUGACCUUGGGACUUUUGAAUGUUUUCUUCUCUUAUGUACCAUUCUUUUUUCUUAAUUUCAAUUCUGUUGUACUUCUGGUCAUGGAGCAGGGUGCGCGCACUUCUUUUUGUUAGUGUUAGGUCAUCUUUCCCUCCCAUUAGAUUAUCUCACUGCUUUUGUGGAUAUUUUUCUUCCUGUUUUUUUUUUCUUUUUGAUUUAGGAAUAAUUAUGGUUAUCAUGUUUUUUGUUGCGUCCGACGCUUUUUGGAUUUGUGAUGUCGAUCAUCUGUCAGAUUUCUAUUUUUUGUGCAUGUUGUCAUGAUUUGAGAAGAAUAAUACGUUU